CGAUUGGUUACUAUGGAAACGACCCUGGGGUCACGACAAUCAUCCUUGGCUGCUACUGCUGAGUCACACGGCCAGUCAUGUGUGGUACCAAGGGUAGAAACAUGGCAGCUCGGGUGUUCGCUGUGAUCUUCACACUGUUCCUCUGUUACUCCGGCGCUUCAGCCGGUCAGGAUGCUGGUCCAGUUGCGUCCACGGUGACCGGACAAGUCCGUGGAACGAUCACACACACAACUGACCUUCCCGACAAACCGAUCUACACUUUCCUGGGCAUCCCGUACGCAGCGCCACCUGUUGGAGACCUCCGGUACCGCCCGCCCCAGCCUGCCCUCCCUUGGGAGGGUGUCAGGGAGGCCUUGGAAUAUGGUCCUUACUGUCCGCAAAAUCUUACUUCUUUCAAUGAGCAGGAGCAUGACUUUCCAAUUGAGUUUGGAGAGAACAUGACCAUGAGCGAGGACUGUCUCACAGUCAACGUCUUCACCCCGACAGUAGCAGCGGAUGCCGCUUUACCGGUUUUGCUUUGGAUUCAUGGCGGAGCCUUAAUGAUAGGGAUGGGGUCACCUCCCGGAUGGGAGGCCCUUGCUGCUCACCAAGACGUCGUGGUGGUCUCCUUCAACUACCGUCUCGGUGUGCUGGGUUUCCUCAGUACGGGGGACGAGAACAUGCCAGGAAACUAUGGAUUCUUGGAUCAGGUCCGCGCCAUGGAAUGGGUGAAGGAGAACAUCCGAAACUUCGGUGGAGACCCAGAAAGAGUCACCAUAUUUGGAGAGUCAGCAGGCGGUAUCAGUGUCUCCUACCAACUCCUGUCACCCCUCAGUAAAGGUCUGUUCCAGAGAGCCAUCUCACAGAGCGGUACCUGGAAAACAUUUCCCGUCAACCCCCAGCCACUCGGAAUCACCAAAAUGUUAGCAGAAAAGGUCGGAUGCGAGACGGAGGACACGGCAACCCUGACGGCCUGUCUGAAAGAGAAGUCACCCCAGGAACUUAUGGAGUCAUUCGAAUCCCUAGGUAUAAUGUUCCCUCUCCCGGCGGUGGAAGGCACAUUUCUGGCGACUGACCCCAUGGAGCUAAUGCAGAAAGGAGAAAUCAACACAGCAGACUAUCUUCUUGGAAUCAACAACCACGAGAUGGGGUGGAUGGCACUGCCCAGUUUCAGGGAAGGGGACCCUCGUGCUGGCAUGUCCCAAGAGGAAUUUGUCAAACUAGUGAGGAAAGGAGCAUCGAUGGUUUACCACGGUAAUCCAAACGUGGACAAAAUUGUGGACACCAUCGUCGCUGAGUAUCAGCAUCCGACCACACCAGAUGACCCGAUGUCGAUCCUGUACCAGUUUACACGGAUGAAUGGAGAUUCCAUGUUUCUAGGUCCUACCAUGCUUGUUGCAGAAAAACAUGUCGAUGCCGGUACUCGUGUCUUCCUCUACGAGAUGCAAUACCGACCUUCCAUCCACCCGGACAGACCCGACUGGGUGGGGUGUGACCACGCCGACGACCUCUUCAUGAUCUGGGGGCUCCCGUUUCUCGAAGAAGUCUCCCAAAAAUACACGAAGGAAGACGAGGAAUUUAGUCUCACUUUGAUGGCGUACUGGGCAAACUUCGCACGAACCGGGGACCCGUCCGACUCCACCGGCGGUCCCACUGACAGCCCCUCCCUGCCGACCUGGCCUCAGUACACACCUGACAACCCGGUCUACAUGAAGCUGGACGUGGUGCCGACCACUGACGUUGGGCUCAAGCCAGAAAAGGCGAAACUUUGGAACGAGAUCAUUCCUGAUUUGGCUGCCGCAGCCGGUACGGGUGACGGUCCAGUUGUGUCCACGGCGACCGGACAAGUCCAUGGAACAAUCACACACACAACCGACCUUCCCGACAAACCGAUCUACACUUUCCUGGGCAUCCCGUACGCAGCGCCCCCUGUUGGAGACCUCCGGUACCGCCCGCCCCAGCCUGCCCUCCCAUGGGAGGGGGUCAGGGAGGCCGUGGAGUAUGGUUCUUACUGUCCACAAAACAUAUCCGCACUUAAGCACUUUGAGGCACCUAUUGCGUUUGGAGAAGACAUGACCAUGAGCGAGGAUUGUCUGACAAUCAACGUCUACACUCCGACUGUAGCUCCGGAUGCUUAUUUACCGGUUCUUUUGUGGAUCCACGGUGGAGGUCUAAUGGUUUUCUAUGGUGGUCCUCCCGGAUUUGAGGGUCUUGCUGCUCACCAAGACGUCGUGGUGGUCUCCUUCAACUAUCGUCUCGGUGUGCUGGGUUUCCUCAGUACGGGGGACGAAAACAUGCCAGGAAACUAUGGAUUCCUGGAUCAGGUCCGUGCCAUGGAAUGGGUGAAGGAGAACAUCCGAAACUUCGGUGGAGACCCAGAAAGAGUCACCUUAUUUGGAGAGUCGGCAGGCGCCAUUAGCGUUUCCUAUCAACUCCUGUCGCCCCUCAGUAAAGGUCUGUUCCAGAGAGCCAUCUCACAGAGCGGUACCUGGAAAACUUUCCAAGUCAACCCCCAGCCACUCGCAGUCACUAAAAUCAUUGCAGAAAGUGCCGGUUGCGAGACGGAGGACACGGCAAGCCUAACGGCCUGUCUGAAAGAGAAGUCACCUGAAGAGCUUCUUGAUGCAUUCCAGGCCUUAGGGCCAAUGGCGUAUCUCGUACCGGUGGUGGAUGGAACAUUUCUGACGACUGACCCCUCGGAUCUGAUGAAGAAUGGAGAAAUCAACACAGCAGACUAUCUUCUUGGAUUCAACAACCACGAGGGUGGCUGGAUGGGGCUCUCUAGCUUUCUUGAAGGGGACCCUCAUGAUGGCAUGUCUCAAGAGGAAUUUCUUAAAGUCAUCAAGACAGUAAUGUCAUUUGUCCACCAGGGCAAUCCAAACUUGGACAAGAUGGCGGAUACUGUCGUCGCGGAGUACAAACCGACUGAUCCCGACGACCCACUGUCAAUCCUGUACCAGUUCACACUUUCCACAGGGGAUGCCUGGUUCGCAGCUCCUACAGUUCUUGUCGCAGACAGCCACGCCGAUGCCGGUGCCCGGGUUUUCUUCUACGAGAACCAGUAUCGACCCUCCAUCCACCCGGACAUACCCGACUGGGUGGGAUGCCAGCACGGAGACGACCUGUAUAUGGUUUGGGGGUUCCCGUUCCUCGAGGCAACUAGAACUGUACAACCACAGAACUACACUAAAGAAGACGAAGACGUCUCUCUCAAGAUGAUGGCGUACUGGGCAAACUUCGCAAGAACCGGCGAUCCCUCCGACUCUACGGGCGGUCCCACUGACAGUCCCUCCCUGCCGACCUGGCCUCAGUACACACCUGACAACCCGGUCUACAUGAAGCUGGACUUGGUGCCGACAACUGACGUUGGGUUCAAGCCGGAGAAAAUAAAACUUUGGAACGAAGUCAUCCCAGACUUGGCUGCCGCAGGUAAGGCGGAGUGUCCAGUCGUAUCGACAGAGACUGGACAGGUGAAGGGGACAAUUUCGCACGCCAAGGACCUCCCAGACAAGCCGAUCUACACGUACCUCGCUAUCCCGUACGCAGCGCCCCCUGUUGGAGACCUCCGGUACCGCCCGCCCCAGCCUGCCCUCCCGUGGGAGGGGGUCAGGGAGGCCGUGGAGCCAGGUGUUUACUGUCCGCAAAAUCUUACAUUCAUGAAAGAGAUGGACUUCCCUUACGAACUUGGACAGAACAUGACCAUGAGCGAGGACUGUCUGACACUCGCUGUCUUUACUCCGACUGUAGCGGCAGACGCCGCCUUGCCGGUCCUUUUCUGGAUUCAUGGAGGCGGGCUCUCCAUGGGCAUGGGUUCCAUGUUAGGAUACGAGGCUUUUGCUGCUCAUCAAGACGUCGUGGUGGUCUCCAUCAACUACCGUCUCGGUGUGCUGGGUUUCCUCAGUACGGGGGACGAGAACAUGCCAGGAAACUACGGAUUCCUGGAUCAGGUCCGUGCCAUGGAAUGGGUGAAGGAGAACAUCCGAAACUUCGGUGGAGACCCAGAAAGAGUCACCAUAUUUGGAGAGUCGGCAGGCGGCAUCAGUAUCUCCUACCAUCUUCUGUCACCCCUCAGUAAUGGUCUGUUCCAGAGAGCCAUCUCACAGAGCGGUACCUGGAAAACCUUUCCAGUCACCCCGCAGCCGCUGCCACUUGCCCAGAUGAUCGCAGGUGAGGUCGGAUGCGAGACGGAGGACACGGCAACUCUAACGGCCUGUCUGAAAGAGAAGUCUGCUGAAGAGCUAUUGGAGAAACAGUACGCCUUACAACUAAGUGCUGGACUAUAUUUUACUCCGGUUGUGGACGGGACAUUUAUAACCACUGAUCCAAUGAAGUUGAUGAAGGAAGGAGAAGCCAAGACAGUGGAUUAUCUUCUUGGAGUGACGAACCACGAGUUCGAUUGGCUGAUGCUGCCGUAUAUAAAUCAAGGAGACGUACUGCUGGCGUAUGAGCACACGGACAAUCCAAACGUGGACAAAAUGGUGGAUGCGAUCGUCGCCGAGUAUCGGCACCCGACAACACCCGACGACCCGAUGGCGAUUCAGCACCAGUUCUCACACGUACACGGGGAUUACACGUUCGUGGGACCCACUGUUCUGGUGGCCGAUCACCAUGCCGCCGCUGGAGGGCGUGUAUUUGUCUACGAGAACCAGUACCGACCUUCCAUCCACCCGAACAGACCCGACUGGGUGGGGUGUGACCAUUCCGACGACUUCUUCAUGAUCUCAGGACUCCCGUUCGUUGACUUGCCGGAGAUAGAGUACUCAAGAGAAGACAGGGAAGUCAGCUUGAGUCUGAUGGCGUACUGGGCAAACUUCGCAAGAACUGGGGACCCGUCCGACUCCACCGGCGGCCCCACUGACAGCCCCUCCCUGCCGACCUGGCCUCAGUACACACCUGACAACCCGGUCUACAUGAAGCUGGACGUGGUGCCGAACACUGGCGUUGGGCUCAAGCCGGAGAAAGCCAAACUUUGGAACGAGGUCAUCCCCAAACUAGCUGCUGAGAAGAAAGAUGAACUUUGAAAUUCGACACUUUGUACACAUACUUUAUGAGCUGCAACUUUAAAGUGUUUCGCUUCCAUUGAUAUUCUAUAUAAAAUAUACAGUACAAGUAUAUUGAUUACCAGUAUAAUUCCUAAUUCAUCUGCGACCAAAACUACUUUGAGAUGUAAAUAUUUGUUGUUGGUAGAUGUAUGCAAAGUUUUGUUGUUGUUGUUGUUGCUUUCGGGCGUAAGCCCUAAGUGGCCCCGUGUAACAUCCUUUGGCUUUAACUGGGUUAUUUUGGGGGUACGGUCGGGCCCCCCGAAUAUGCUUCAGUCGCAUCAACGUAGGACCCGGCGACCAAAAAAUUGCCGGAACUUGAUAACAGUGGUGAAAACACCGAAGGAUAUCCAAUGGAAUCCAGCAGUUCACAGGGACAAAUUUGAGGCUUCAGAGACGGCUCCAACUCCUACCGACAACGUUGCAAAUGUGGCCGUAGUACUAGCCGUAAGAAAUGUAGCAUUCUGUCUUAGUCUGUCUGUAAGUAUCUUUGUAUCAUGUUAUCAUGUACUUUACCAGCUGCAAAUGAAUGGCUUUCAUAUAUCUAAGUACAGGUAAUUCUUGAUGUCAAAGGUAAUUGAAAUUUUUCGAUAUGUUAGAAAGGGUUAAUACUAGUGUACGUAGAGAAAUGUAUAAGAGUUUUUGUUUGAACUCUAUAUAGGGAGUAAAGUAUUGUCUUUGAUUUGUCUGUGUGGUGUGUGUCUAGUUACAUUUAACAUAAUAUAUGCAUUUACUGAAUCAUUCAAAAAUGAAAAUCAAACUGAAGUUGGCACUGUAUAAAUCUGUAAAGUUGAUUUCUGUGUAAGCCAAUUAAACAACAUUGUGCAUGCAAUGGCCAAUGUUAAUAGUAAGAUACAAUUAUGGAACCCUAAUUUUCAUUACAUAAUUUUUUAGACAAAAAGACAAGCACCGUGGAUGUAUGAAAGGGGUAAAAUUUGCCACCAUGGAGGUAAAGUUUGUCAUCACUGAUUGAAAUUUUUAGUUUUUGUUUUCCAUUUAUAAACAACUCUUAGACUACAAUGGGAAACUCAUUUAUUAACAAUUAUGACAAUAAAAAAAUUGAACAAUUAUGACUGUUUCA